AUGGCUGAGAGAAUGUUCGAAUCAGAUACCUGGGCGCACCCGUUGACUGACAGACCUGGACGAUAUGAUCCGUCAGAUUCGACGUCGGACCGGCACUCGGACCGCCGCCCACACUUCACAAGAGAUCAACCUCUGCACAAACCUGCCGCCCGUACGGAUUUUGUACACCAUUUCACAGGUGACAGCUAUCGACCUCACACUGGCGGACCGGGAUUGCGUGACCUGCAUUCCUUCCCACGUACUGCUGACACCUACCGUCCUCACUACGACGAUGAAUCUAGGCGACAAUCCUACUCCACCGACAGUUUAAGCUCUGCAGGUCACAAAGGAAGACGGUUGGACUACGAAGACGAUUAUCGUUCGAGCUCCAUUGCCAGUACCCCCCCUCGACAGUACGCGCGCUCUCCGGUCUCGCCACCCCGUCACUAUCCCCAGCCACUGCCUACUGAUGGAAACAUCAAAGGUAGUGCAUGGCGAACGUCUGCAUCGUAUGGAAAUGCGCAAUUCUCGCCUAGACUUCAGCCUUAUCCAAUUCCACCCCUUCCUUACCCCCGACCGACGUCUGAAUUCCUUGUACACCAGCGCCAACUACAACCUACUUUUGUGUACCAACAGACUUCACAAGUACUUGGAGAACAACCUUCUUACGAAAUACAAACGUUACAUCCCCAGUGGAGCCCCCAAUCUAUCGAGCCUCCACCUCAAAAAAUCAAAUCUCGAUCAUCUUCACCGUCAUCUAGAGCAUCUGGUCAGGUACAAUCCGCUAUCUCCGAAUCGAGGAUGGAGUUGCCUCCCGAUCCUACGUCAACCUGCCGCAAUGAUUCGGCAGCUCAGGAUGAGAUACGCCAUUCAACGGCGAUGUAUGAUCAGAAUAUUCCUGAAGAAGGUCCCCCAAGUCAGGGUAUGCUCAAGGACCCCAGCACUACACAGUCAGGUAACCACGAGACAGUACACGUGGUCAAUGGACUAUCGGGCAGAGGUGCAAAUCUCGACCUUCAUUUACCAUCACCUGCUACGCCUAUUCUGGCGUCAGCUGACAAUACGCCUCCUCGAGCACCCCCGGAACAUGGGGCAGAACGCGUGGACGGAAGCUCUAUGGAGAUGCAUCCCCUCAAAGAGAGCUUUCAGGAACCGUUACCUAGUGGCAAUGCAGCGAAAGCGACAGAGCCAUUAAUGGUCUCAGAAGGAGCUACCGAACCAUCUGGGGUCUCAUUUAACUCUGAUGAACAGGCACAACAACCCUCUUUCUUAACCGUCACCCCACCACCUCUGUCCCAGGUGCCCGAGAAGCUCGCCCCUUCUAUUACAGCUAUUGGUGGUUUGGAAGUAGGUUUAGGUAUCAUCCCUUCCCAGCUGGGUCAUGGUUCUCCUCAAAUCGUAGUCAGCGAUCACAGCGCGAUUCGGACUUCUGCACCGAAGAAGUCUCGUCCUAUUGAUCAAAACCAGUCAGAGGAGCCAACGUCCGUCCGAGAUGGCCUUCGUCUCGUUGUCCUUGCACGCCUUCGUUGUGAUCGACAAACACGAGAUGAAAGAGUCUACCCCCUCCUUCGUGCGAACCAGGUGGUUUCGGAACUGCAAAGGGUACCUGUAUGCUCGAACGGUCAAAGCCGGCUAUUUGAGGAAAUGGUGGGCGACGGUCCUUCACGUGAGCGGGCUAUUAAACAUCAAAAUCUUCAACCCGCCUUCAUUGAACGUUUCGCCAAACGUCAGUCCGAGAUCUUUGGAAAGGCAUGUCGGUUGAAGGCAGAGUACCUGGCCCUUCAUGAGCGGUGGCUCGAGCACUGUACUCGUCUUGACGAGGAGCAAAAAUCUGGAGUUACAGAGGAGGUUGCUGUUCCUUCCGGCGGCCGAUCUACUCGGCGUUCGACUGCAGUCCUUGGCGACGCUGUGCGUUCCGACCUGGAAAUGGAACAAAUCAUUGCCAGCUUGGGCGUGGAAGAGCUUACUGAUCCGAGCUAUCUUGCCAUCAAGAAUGUUGCCAAGAUCCCGGAUAUGAUCUCGGUCACGCACGGAUCAGUGCCGUAUUUGUUCGAUGACACAAAUAACAUUAUCGACAACCCUGCGGAAUUUUAUGGCGCCUGCUCUGCGAACGACUACUGGACGGAAGAGGAGCGCAGUACAUUCUUAACAGAAUUCGCUGCUCAUCCCAAGCAAUUUGGCGUGAUCGCCGAAAGGCUUCCGAACAAGACGCCUGCACAGUGCAUCACCUACUACUACCUGCAGAAGAAACAAGGAGUGGACUUCCGGAAGGCAGUCGGGCAGUAUGGUGUUGGAAGACGGCGCAGGAACGGGAGGAAUGGGAAGCGACGAGGAAAUGCUCUACUGGCAGAUAUCCGCAGACACGACGAUGAGAUAUCUCGGGGCUCUUCUGCAGUCGCACCUAAUGGCGCGAGCGGCAAGCGCAAACGAACAGCAAACGGACAAAAUGGGGAACCAAGACGGACAACCACCUCCCGGAGGGCUGCCACUCAACCCGAUGCGACUCCUGCAUCGGCUGGCACGACGCCAGACCCGGACCCCGAUCCUCCAAGACGAAGACGGAAGCCCGCGGCUUCGCGCGUGGUCAUUGACAAAGUUGACAAUGAUGCGAUUGUAACUAAGGAAAGCGAAGGAAGACCUCUCAAAAGGGGCAGAAAGUCACGAACAGUUGCUCCUAACGAAAUUACUCUAACGCCCUCAGAGGAGCCUCUCACGCCCUUAGUGGUGGAGCCGACUCCUGAGGAUCCGGAAGGAGUCAUAGCACGAGUACCUCUCAAUCCAAAUGUUUGGACGGAGGAUGACAAAAGUGCCGAUCACUACUUUACUCCUCGUUGA